AUGGCUCCUAACGAAGCCGCUAACAUCACCACCCCGUCCGAGCCGGAGAGCGUGGGCGGCAGUGAGAUGAGCAGCGAAGACACGGCUGCCGCCAGGCCGCUCCUCUCGUCGCCCUCCCCCUCCCCCUCCGCGGCCUCCGCAGCCCCGGUGCUGGAGAGCAUAGAGGAGCUGGACCGGAGGUACGCGCCGUACGCGCGGCGGGACGCGUACGGGCCGAUGGGGCUCGGCCCCGUGAGCGCGGCGGAGGCGGCGCGGCUGGCGUUUGCCGCGGUCGUGCUGGUCCCGCUCCGCGUCGUGGCAGGCGUGCUCGUACUCGUGGUUUACUACCUCGUGUGCCGCGUGUGCACGCUGCGGGUGGAGGAGGAGCGGGAGGGCGGCGAAGGGGAUGGGUACGCGCGGCUGGACGAGUAG